ACCACAAUGCAUUCUGGGUAAAGAUGGCCGCUUCCGGUGUACUUUAGCACUUUACAACGCCUUCAGAAGUCGGACUUCACUAUGGAGAAGAGCGAAAGCAGCGAGAGUCUGGGGUCCAAACUAUCCUCUUCCCGGCAAGCCAGCAUAGACUCGCUGUCCAGCUCUUCUACAUCCCGCUCAGAUCGAUCCUUUCAUUUGAGGUCUAAUACCUGCAAGUCACCGGAACUUCGGGUCCUUGGUGACAGUAACAACUGGGCUGAUCUGGAAGAGCCACAGUUGCUGCCAAAUGAAUCCCUGAAGGAGACGGUCAAAGAUGUUACUUACAUUUGUCCAUUUAUGGGAAUGAUCAGAGGAACCUUGACUGUUACAAACUACAGGUUGUUUUUUAAGCGGGUGGAAAAGGAUUCUGCGUUUGUACUUGAUGUUCCUCUGGGAGUGAUAAGUCGAAUUGAGAAGGCUGGUGGUGCUUUGAGCAGGGGAGAGGUCUCUUAUGUGCUUGUUUGUAAAGACAUCCGGAAUCUGAAGUUUGCUCACAAGCAGGACACCCAAGGAAGGACCUCUGUGUUUGAGACCGUAAUGAAGCUUGCUUUUCCUGUCUCCCAUAACCUGCAAGUAUUUGCAUAUGAGUAUGGACAGAUUUAUCCUGAGAAUGGCUGGAAAGUGUAUGACCCAAGUGCAGAAUACAAAAGGAUGGGCCUACCUAAUGAAAGCUGGCGAAUGACCAGAAUCAAUGAACACUAUGAGCUAUGUGAUACUUAUCCAGUAAUGUUGCUGGUUCCUGCUAACAUUCCUGAUGAAGAUCUGAAGAGAGUGGCAACUUUCCGUGCCAAGAACAGAAUUCCAGUGCUGUCAUGGAUUCACCCAGAGAGCCAGGCCACAGUAGUACGCUGCAGCCAGCCCAUGGUGGGAGCCAAUGGCAAACGAAGCAAAGAUGAUGAGAAAUACCUUCAGGCCAUAAUGGAUGCCAAUGCACAGUCCCACAAGCUGUUUAUCUUUGAUGCUAGGCCAAGUGUCAAUGCAGUAGCCAACAAGACAAAAGGUGGAGGCUUUGAGAGUGAGGAUGCAUAUCAGAAUGCUGAACUAGUCUUUCUGGACAUCCACAAUAUUCAUGUCAUGCGGGAAUCUUUGCGAAAGCUUAAGGAGGUGGUGUACCCAAACAUUGAAGAGUCCCAUUGGCUAUCUAACCUGGAGUCAACACACUGGCUAGAACAUAUUAAGUUGAUCCUAGCGGGAGCGUUACGUAUCGCGGAUAAGGUGGAAUCUGGGAAAACCUCUGUGGUCAUACACUGUAGUGAUGGAUGGGACAGGACAGCCCAGCUCACCUCUCUGGCGAUGCUAAUGCUUGAUGGCCAUUACCGCACUGUCCGCGGAUUUCAGGUGCUAAUUGAGAAGGAGUGGCUAACCUUUGGACACCGCUUCCAGAUGAGAAUUGGUCAUGGAGACAAGAACCAUUCAGAUGCUGACCGCUCUCCUGUAUUCCUGCAGUUCAUUGACUGUGUCUGGCAGCUGACAAGACAGUUCCCAGCAGCAUUUGAGUUCAAUGAGUUCUUCUUGAUCACAAUAUUGGACCAUCUGUAUAGCUGCUUGUUUGGGACGUUCCUCUGCAACAGUGAGCAACAGAGGAUCAAAGAGGGGCUGCAAAAGAAGACCGUUUCCCUGUGGUCCUAUAUCAACAGUCACUUGGAAGAGUUUCUCAACCCACUUUAUGUCAACUACUCUCAUCAUGUGCUGUACCCUGUUGUCAGCAUGCGCCACCUGGAGCUGUGGGUGGGAUACUACAUCAGAUGGAAUCCUCGGAUGAGACUGCAGGAACCGAUUCAUCAUUGCUACAAAGAGCUGCUUUUAAAGAGAGCAGAGCUGAAGAAGAAGGUAGAGGAGCUUCAGAGAGAGCUGAUAAGUAGAUCGGCAUCAUCCUCUUCAGAGAGAGCUGCUUCUCCAACUCGUUCAGUGACUCCAGUGCAGACCUUUGUAUGAAUCUUGCACAGCUAUAUUCUCUCAUUGUUGAAAAAUCUACACUACACAGGUGAUAAAGCACUAGACACCUGACCCUUGCUAGAUAUGAUGUACUAACUGCCACCAGCUUGUAAUAAGCUUUACGCUUGUUGGCCCUCAUCUCUCUCAUCUUUGCAGUGCAAUUCAUGUGGCUAAUUCUGGUGGGUUUGUUGGUCUUGUUAAAGAAAUGUGACACUAGAAUUGUUAUCAUCCAAACCUGACAGCUGGAAUUCGUUUGUUUGAGUGCAGCAUGGCUGUCACAUUUGCUUGGCUGUAGGGAACCCAGAGUUGUCCAAAUUUUACAACCUUCAUCUCUGAAAGUGAAAUUACAGCCUGAGUAUUGAAAAGGUGACUCCCACUUGAUCUGCUCCACCAUAGAACCUCCAAUCCCAGGCCAAGAGGUGGAGUAGUGAGGGACCAGAAGUCAUUUGCACAAGUGAUUCAGACUUGUUUUGCACUAAUCUCACCACUGUUACAGCAAAGGGAAAGAGAGAGUCGUAAUCAACUAGUUUAUGAAGGUAGUACUUGGAGUUUUUUUUCUGAUGUUGUAAAUAGGUAUUUAUUUUUUUUAACCUAGACUGACAUAUAUGUUCUUAGCUGUAGUAGAACAUCAAGACACUAAACUUUGGCUAUAUUAGAAUGGUUGAUGCCUGAGAAGGGUCACUGAAAAAUCUAAAUCCUGUUAACAGUUAGAUAGAAAUGUAAAAUCAGCUUGGAUUUGAUUUGAGGAAGGAGGGAAAACUGUUCAGUAGUGAAAAUACAGACAAUGUAAGUUUCUUCUGGCCGAGAA